GAGCCGCUCAGUUGCCGCUCGUCGUUCGUAGCUUCAAGUACUUCCCAGCUCGGGCUCUGUCUCAGUCUCCGCGUGAAAAUCUAGACGAAAACACAACUCAAAUUGAUCAACAAUUGCUUGGAAAUUGCCAGAUCGUCAUCAAACCAAACACGCCAUGAAGCUCAACGCGAGUCUAAUUCUCAUCUGCGCCGCUUUGCUGGGAUGCUCAACGGCCACGGAUGUCAGGCCAUGUCCGAAAUCUAAAUCAAAGGCUCUGAGUGCCAGUGAGGUAUCCAUCUCGAAUUGUCCGAAGAACAAAUGCAUCCUUAAGCGCAAUACCGAGGCCAGCAUUGAGAUGAAACUCCGGCCGGAGCGUGACUUCCAGGAGCUGACCUCUGACAUCCAGGGCAUCAUCCUGGACGUGCCACUACCCUUCCCCGGCUACUAUGGCACCAGUGCCUGUCCGCACAUCUACGACGAGGCGGGCGAGAAGAAGGUGGGCUGCCCCCUAAAGGCCGGCCAGGUGUAUACCUACAAGAAUAGCUUCAAAAUCCUGCCCGUCUACCCCACCGUCAGCCUGGAAAUUCACUGGGGACUCGGGGACAAGCAGGGCGAUGCUGCCUGCUUCCAGAUUCCCGCGAAGAUCAAGGCUUAAAACACCGAAGGACAAGAAGUGCACUCAAUGUAGCUUUUAUUAGUGGUAAAUCUUAGAAGCUUAAGUAAUAGGGAUUAAGUACGGUUAAGUUAGGGCUCCCAAAUGACAAGAGCACGCGUGCGCGAUCUGGUGGCCAAUAUUGCGGCAUCCAGCCAGUGACGCAAUAUGGCCAGAGGACUCCACCAGAACCCGCUCGGAAGAGGUCUAAUAAAAAAUGUCCACAACGAACUCUACGAAA